UAAAAUUGAUAGAUUUUUGUGGGCAAAUUCUAGUUCAGAAGAAGGACAUGAGCUUUGCCGAGGCUCCAUUGACCACUGGUCGUGUGUACAUAAACAUUACGUCGCAAUGACUCUCGACAUCUGCUACAAGGGUUGUUUCCAUUCCAUGCCGCACAACAUGGUUUUUCUUUGUUGCAUGAGCUGUUUCACUAUGCUACAUGAUUUCAUUUUUUGUGUUGCAGCCUCUUUUCAACAUUUUUAUGGCAACAAAAUGAGAAUUCGUCGCUUCAUGCAUGUGUUUGGAAUACAUCAAGAUUUUCAAAAUACUUUUCCCGUACAUCCAUUCGGUAGAGGGCGCGCCUGGGAGGAAACUGGUCUUAGAGUGGACCGACCACGGCGAGGAAACGAGAGCCAGCGGUCAUGUCAUGGGAAUUGGGAAGAGCAAGAAACACACACACCCAUCCUUUCCUUUCCUUUCGGGGUGGAUCCUGCACCACACGCAUCACACACCCGGGUAAGCCAGCCAGCCAGCCAACCAAACAACACCUGUUUUGUAGCACCAUUCCUCCGUGGAUCCAGGCUGACCAAAUGAAGCUCAGAUGGACCGGUGAGACACGCGCGAGACCCAGACCGGCAGACCACGGCGCGACAAAACGUCCGGAGCAGCCGCGCGCGCCCAUCCGCCCGUCGAAACAGCCCGAAAUGGAAGCCAAAGCUCCCCCUCCGCCGUAUAUAAGCCGCGCGCCCGUCCGUCGUCCUCACAGGAACCUCACAACCAAAUAAAGAAAGAGCCAAUUAAUCCCGGAAUAAAUUAACCAGCCAUGGCAAGAGCAACGGCAGCAGGGCGGAGAUCUUGGGCCGCGGCGCGGUGCAUCGUCGCGCUGUACUGCGCCGCCGCGCUAACGACGGCGCCAGCGGCGGCGACAUACGCGGCAGCUGGCGGGCCGCCGUCGGUCCCGGCAGGCCCGCUGGACAUCGUGCUGCUGGGCGCCAAGGGCGACGGCAAGACGGACGCGACGGAGGCGGUCCAGAAGGCGUGGAAGAACGCGUGCGCGGCCACGGGGGUCCAGAAGAUCAUCAUCCCGCCCGGCAACUUCUUGAUCGGCGCCCUGGCUCUCGAGGGCCCCUGCACCAGCUCCAUCAUCAUCCGGCUCGACGGCAACCUCCUGGGAACCGGCGACCUCAACGCCUACAAGAAGAACUGGAUCGAGGUCAUGCACGUCGACAACUUCGCCAUCAACGGCCACGGCACCAUCGACGGCCAGGGCCCCCUCGUCUGGCAGAAGAACCAGUGCAACAAGAACUACAACUGCAAGAUCCUCCCCAACAGCUUGGUGCUGGACUACGUGACGAACGCGAGCAUCAGGGGCGUGACGCUCAAGAACGCGAAAUUCUUCCACAUGAACCUCUUCAACUGCAAGAACGUGGUGGUGGACAAGGUGAACAUCACGGCGCCCGGGGACAGCCCCAACACGGACGGGAUCCACAUGGGUGACUCGGACAACAUCACAAUCACCAACACCAACAUCGGCGUCGGCGACGACUGCAUCUCCAUCGGGCCCGGGACCCAGCGCGUGCGCGUGCACGGGUCCCGGUGCGGCCCGGGACACGGCAUCAGCGUCGGGUCCCUGGGGAGGUACAAGGACGAGAAGAACGUGGAGGACAUCCAGGUGACCAACUGCACCAUCAAGGGCGCCACCAACGGGCUCCGGAUCAAGUCCUACGAGGACUCCAAGUCCGUGCUCAAGGCCUCCAGGUUCGUCUACGACCAGAUCGUCAUGGACAACGUCUCCUUCCCCAUCGUCAUCGACCAGAAGUACUGCCCCAAUAACAUUUGUAACAAGAAUGGGCAGUCCACGGUCACCAUCCAGGACAUCGUGUUCAAGAACAUUGUCGGGACGUCGGCCACGCCGGAGGCCGUCACGUUGAACUGCCCGAAUAACUUGCCUUGCCAGGGCGUGCAGCUCGUCAAUGUGAAUCUCAAGUAUGUCGGGGCGAGAAACAACAAGACCAUGGCCGUCUGCCACAACGCCGUCGGCAAGUCCACCAACGUCGCCAAGGAGCUCGCCUGCCUCUGAACUCUCCAUCACUCUUCGUAUCUUCUUCUUCUUCUUUUUUCAUUUUGGACUCCAUUGAUUUCAUUCAUUCAUGUUUCCUUCUUCUCACAUCGAUCCAUCCAUGUACAUUUUUUCUUCUCUCCUUUCGUUUGUUUUUUGAAAUGAAUUGAUGUAAGCGCCUGACAAUUGACUUGUUGAACUGAAGAGUGGAUUAAUUAAUUUCUGAUUUGAUCUGAA